UCUUCUCUUUCUUUCUUCUUAUUGUAGAUCCAUUUUUUUAAACUCUCGAACUCGUUACAGUCAUGAUCACCGGCAAGGACAUCUACGAUGUACUAGCAGCGAUUGUGCCACUCUACGUCGCAAUGAUCCUUGCCUACGGCUCAGUCAGGUGGUGGAAGAUCUUUACGCCGGACCAAUGCUCCGGAAUCAACCGUUUCGUGGCCAUUUUCGCGGUUCCUCUUCUUUCUUUCCACUUCAUCUCUUCCAAUAACCCUUAUGACAUGAACUACCGUUUCAUAGCUGCUGAUUCUCUCCAAAAAAUUGUUAUCCUUUUUGCUCUCUUCCUUUGGCAGAUCUUCAGCAAGAAUGGUAGUCUUGAGUGGAUGAUAACCUUAUUUUCUCUCUCUACCCUUCCCAACACUCUAGUUAUGGGAAUCCCUCUCCUUAAAGCAAUGUAUGGUGAUUUCUCAGGAUCCCUAAUGGUCCAAAUUGUGGUAUUACAAAGUGUGAUAUGGUAUACCCUAAUGCUCAUAAUGUUUGAAUAUAGAGGAGCAAAGCUUCUCAUCUCAGAACAGUUCCCUGAAACUGCUGGUUCCAUUACUUCGUUUCGAGUUGAAUCUGAUGUUGUCUCUCUUAAUGGUCGUGAGCCUUUACAGACAGAUGCAGAGAUCGGCACUGAUGGAAAACUCCAUGUUCUAGUCCGGAAAUCGACGUCGUCGAAGUCGGUGGUAUCUUCUUAUAGCAAGCCUUAUGGAUUGAAUUCUAUGACUUCCAUGACUCCUAGAGCAUCAAACUUAACUGGUGUUGAGAUUUACUCAGUUCAAUCUUCCCGGGAGCCGACGCCAAGAGCUUCAAGCUUUAACCAGACUGAUUUCUAUGCUAUGUUUUCAAGUAAGAUGCCAAGUCCUAAGCAUAGUUACACAAAUAGUUUUCAAGGUGGGGUUGGUGGUGGUGGAGAUGUUUAUUCAUUGCAGUCAUCAAUAGGAGCAACACCAAGGACUUCUAAUUUUGAGGAAGAUAUGAUGAGGUAUGGAAAGAAGAGAGGAGGGAGGAGCAUGAGUGGUGAGCUCUUCAAUUCUGGGUUGUAUUCUUACCCACCUCCAAACCCAAUGUUUUCAGGAUCAACUAGUGGUGGGGGGCCUAAGAAGAAGGAUGGUAGUGGUGGUGGUGGUGGUUCAAUACCCAAUAAGGAGCUUCACAUGUUUGUUUGGAGCUCAAGUGCAUCUCCUGUUUCUGAAGGAAAUCUUAGACAAGCAGUUAACAGAGCUGCUUCUACUGAUUUUGGACUAGUUGAUUCUUCCAAGGGUGUUCUUCAACAAGAAAUAGCUGCAUCAAGAGGCAUGCAUGAUUUUAGUGAACAAGCUAGUCCAGUUGGAAAAAUGGGUGGAGAUAAGGAGGUUGAAAUAGAAGAUGGGUCCAAGCAUCCAGUAAAUGGUUCUCCUUACUUGAGCCAGAAGAAGGUAGAGGUGGGAAAAGAUGGGGAGAAGAAGAUGGGAGGAGGCCAAAUGCCACCUGCAAGUGUCAUGACAAGACUCAUACUAAUCAUGGUUUGGAGGAAGCUCAUAAGAAAUCCAAACACUUAUUCAAGCCUUAUUGGUUUGAUUUGGUCUCUCAUAUCUUUUAGAUGGAAUAUUGAAAUGCCUUCUAUUGUGAGUGGGUCUAUAGCAAUACUAUCCAAUGCAGGCUUGGGAAUGGCCAUGUUCAGUUUAGGUUUGUUCAUGGCUCUACAACCAAAAAUCAUAGCUUGUGGUAAAUCAGUGGCUACAUUUGCCAUGGCCGUAAGGUUCUUAACCGGGCCGGCGGUCAUUGCAGCAACAUCGAUCACAAUUGGUCUCCGCGGGGUUCUUCUUCAUGUUGCAAUUGUUCAGGCAGCUCUUCCACAAGGAAUAGUACCAUUUGUAUUUGCGAAGGAAUACAAUGUCCACCCAGAUAUACUUAGCACUGCGGUAAUUUUUGGAAUGCUGGUUGCACUACCAGUCACAAUAAUCUACUAUGUUCUUCUAGGGGUCUAAAGCAAGUAAAUGGGAGGAGAAAACACAAGAAGGCAUAGUGAGACAUCUUACCACACUAUGUCCAGAUACUAUCCAACCAAAGCUGAUGAGGAGGUGGAUGGGAGAAGAAAUGGUUUCUAAAAUACUCCAUUGGAUUCAGUGUACAAGUUAGGGUUUAUGUGAUCCGGUUGAGCAUGUGACCACUGGGUCUCGAAAAUGAUAAAUAGAUUAUAUUUAUUGUUUUUUAUAAUUUCAAGUUAUUUAAUUGUCUUACAAGAUAGAUAGAUAGGUUGGAUAGAGAAGAGUGUAGCUUUCUAAUUAGUUCUUCUUUCAUUACCAUUGACUUUUCACAAUUCUCUUAACCUUUUCCAUGUGAAUGUUUCGUGAUGUGAAAAUUGAAAGGUAUUAUUGUAUGUAUUGUUUGUUCCUAGCUA